CAGUCAGCUGAUGGCAGAUAAACGUCGAAGGAGUUCGCUUGGAGUACCGAAGAUAGUUUGUUGAUUUUUAGUGAAUCUCUACUGAUUGCGAGAUGAAAACUUAUUAGGGCAUUGCGAAAUUUGGGUCUUAAGAAGGAACUCUAUAAUAUGGCUGCUAUACUACGUCAUGUCAUACGGGCAAGCGCGCAAAGGAGUUUCCCGGUCCGAUUGCUUAACAGCAAUGAAGUGAAAAAUCAAUCGAAUGCGCCAAAUGUCUCUACAAAAGAGGCCCCAGCUAGCGAUGCACAAAUUUUGAAUUUAAGUGACUCAUGCAAAAAACGCUUAGAAGAAAUCUGCACAGAUGGUUCUUUCUUGCGGUUGACAGUAGAAGGAGGUGGCUGUUCUGGUUUCCAGUACAAGUUUGACUUAGAUAAUAAACUGAAUGAAGAUGAUCUCUCAUUUGGCACGGAUAAGGCCAAAGUGGUUGUAGACAAUAUUUCAAUCGAAUAUUGCAAUGGAGCUACAGUUGAUUUCCAUACUGAAUUGAUACGAUCUGGCUUCCGUAUUGUCGGCAAUCCGAAAGCAGAGCAAGGAUGUUCGUGUGGAGCUUCGUUUGCUAUUAGACUAGAUUAGAAAAUUUAGGCUGUUUUGGAAUUUAUCUAGAAGAAUGAAGAUGAGAAUACAAAAAUGAAAACAAGUUCGAUUUCAAUUAGUCUUUUUCUUUAAACAUUAAUAUAUAUUUAUUUUUUAUAUAAUAAAUACACAUAAAAAUUGA